AUGUGGAGCCACGCAGCAACACGCAUCCGCCUCGCUCACGUCUUCACAAGUUGGAUAGCCUUAGUCCAAACCCGGCGUGGUCAGUCCGCGGUUGCAGCCACGAUGCAUCGAAUGCAGCAGUUGCGAUCAAGACAAAAGGUGUUCACCUCGUGGGCUGUCCUCGCCACGGCUGGAAGGUUGGCCUCACACCGAGACACACGCGAGUCACUGCGGUGGAGACGAAGGUGCUGGGCCCACUGGAAGUUGUGGCGUGUUUCCAGCCGAUGGCGGCGUUGUCAGCAGCUUCUACUGCUCCAAAGCGUCUUCUGUCAAGGUUUAAGGCGCCAUGCCAUCCAGCAGCAAGCGUUUCGCGAGGUUUGCCUGCGGACGGCGAGGGGUUUGCUGCAUCGGUCUCUGGCUCGCUGGCGCGUUGAGUGGUGGCUCGUGCGCAGCCAACGGAAGCUGGGCCUGGACAUGAAGCGCAACGCUCUUGCACACUGGAAGACGUUCGUGGCCGCCCGCCGCCAGCAAAGACGCUGGGAGCACUACGUCCAGCAGCUGCAUCGCGUCCAGACCCGGAGCAAAGCUGCGGCGUUUGACAAAACGCGUCGCUCCGGUGGCACCUUCCGCGACACGAGGGCGUUGCAGGCUCAGCUAAAGAGGAACCGCGUCUUGAUGACCCACGUACUGCACGCGUGGUUCCUCGUCGUGCAGAACCGGCGGCGCCCGCUGGAGUUCUGGGCUCAUGGGGUCAUGCAUAGGUGCUUCUAUUCGUGGAGAAAGCAGACUGACGGCAAGCCAGCAGAGUUAGCGUAA